UUAUAGAACACAAUAGCAAUACAGUUUAAAAAUUGUGGUUUUGGUGUUGAACAACACUUGUUAGCAAUUUAAAAAACUGUUGGUUUUACAACGCUAUUGUUGUGCGUGACCGGAAAUUGUGGCAGGAAAAGGUUCCCGGAAGUUAUUGUAGUUACUCGGUUGCUAAGCAACCGAGAGACACGCUGUAUAAUUUAGUCUAGCGAAUAUACCUGUGUUUACUAAACGCCGUGUGAUAAGAGAAUAAGUGCACGAUGGCGUCCUCCUCACAGAGUAAAGGUGGAAAAGGACUAUGGAAAAAAGGCAGAGUCACCCAGUUCAGCAAAGGGACCCAGGAUAUGCUGCAAUUAAUGAUGCAGCAAUCAAAACUCACCCACCUCCAGCGGAAAAAGAUCAACGAAAGUUUAAUGACUGGAGCAACCUCCCCACCGACCUCUGAGCAUACAUCACCAGAUCCCCCCACUAAUCCUAAAACCACUAAAUAUGUCCCGAACAGUCUGUCACGCCAGCCUCAGAGACGCUCCGCCGAAGCCUGUCGCUCUGGGAAUAGCUACGUCAGAGAAAAGUACCAUCCUGGUCCCUUGAGAGACCUGGAGAAGGAGAAGAGGAGACUUCAGAAUAUAUUGGCAACAGGAAAAGAAGAGCCCACACCUGCGUCCUACAAAAAUGUUCCUACAUGUUCGAAUCCAGAGGUGGCAGAGCAGAAAGACCGGUAUCAGGAGGUCCUGGAUGAGAUAGAGGAGAGAAGACAGUUUCUGGCAGAUAUGUCUUCUCUGGGUGAAGAGAAGCAGUACGUCAACAUCAUCAACACAGAGAUAUCGCAGAGGAUUCGAGAACUGCGCGUGUUGGACAAGGCCCGCAGUCCCAAGAACGGCGCGAUUACAACCGAGCAGAAAGAGAGGAUAACGGAAAAGAUGGAGUUUAAAGAAAAGGGAGAGAAGACUCAGCGUCACUGACUGAACAAUUACUUGGAAAUCAGGUG